AGGACAGUGGGUGUCGAGCGGCCUGCACCCUCCUACUGAUAAUGUCCUCCUCAGUUAUUCCUCCUUCUGGGUCUCUACCACAGAGCCAUUUUCAGAGACGGAACUGGACCCCGCAGGCCAUGCUGUACCUAAAAGGAGCACAAGGCCGGCGAUUCAUUUCUGAUGAAAGUCAAAGGAAGGAUCUUUUUGACAGACUCCAGCUGGAGACACGCAGUCGAAAUACCAGUCCCAUCACCAUAUCAGAGGCGGCAGCCAUGUUUCUGAGCUCUCUGCAGAAGGCCCAGGAGGAAGCUGAAGAUGGGGUGGACCAGGCUGGGUAUUUACCGGAGUCGCUGUUCAGUUGGUGA